AACAUUAAUUAAAACGAUGAUGGAGUUACCACCAUUGGAAGAAGAACUAUAUAGCUCAACGGAGUUGGCACAAGACGCUCUGAAUGGACUACUUCAAGCAGCAGCUCUAGACCCAUUGGAAGGGCAGUACUUUCAAAACCGUGUCUGCACGCCACUUACCCUGUCUGAAACUAAGAAAAACUUGGAGGAAGCUCGCUUGGCCAUAGUGGUAGCGCUACGUGGUUAUAAGAGACUAGACAUAUCCUCUAUGCCGUUUGCUAAGAAUAGAAACUUCCAAAUGACAACAGAAAUUGAUAUUUCACGCCUUCAGUUUAGAGUUGCCCUGGCAGUAAUCGCUCAUGUCAUGUGCAGACAGUGUCCUGGGUCCUCGAGCUUAGAAUAUCUGAGAAAUUUACCUGGAAAUAUACCCAGAGGUGGUGUUUGUGGUACAGUCUGGAAGAAAGAUGAACUCGCGUAUAAAUGUCGUACUUGUGAAAGGGAUCCUACUUGUGCUAUUUGUGUUCAGUGUUUUCGUAAUGGUAACCAUGAGGGACACGAUUUUUCUAUCAUUCGUACUGGAGGUGGUGUUUGUGACUGUGGGGAUCCACAAGCUUGGAAACCCUUUGGUUUCUGUCAAAAACACGGGGGUGCACAUUCCGAAGAGGAAGACUUGGUUAGCAAACUACCUUUGGAAUUACGCGAAGGUAUCUCUCUAGCAGUUGAGCUAUUGGGUGAAGAAUUUCUGUUAGAUGAAACUAGCAACCAUGUCAAGGUCGAAAUAGCUACAUGGUGGCGUCGAAUUGCAGAUUGCGGAGAUUCUUUUACUCGGCUAGUAGGAAUGGAAUUGUGCAAAUCUCCAGGUCCUUGUAUUCGAGAGAGAACUUUUCGAUUUGAAAGAGAGGAUGGAAGCAGACCAGCUUUUGUUUGGAUAUUUCUUCGCUUAGAUGGCGCAGGAAUGUUAGAGAAUGAUACAAAAAAUGCUUUACAUUCUCUCUAUUUUCUGCUCAUUACCGACUUGGUGUUCAAAAGGAAAUUUCUAGAAUAUUUUGGUUCAUUGUACUCUUUAUUCGUGGAUCCUUUAUAUCAAGGAAGUUUAAGCCUUUUGGAAGACAGUUCGAGCAACAACACUCGGGAUCACUUCUCUGUUCAGUUGUUCACGGUUCCUGCUCUCGUUCCAAUCAUGAUUAAACAUGGCGGUCUGAUUGACCAACUAUUGAAAAUUCUUCUUCAGUUAAUGGAAGCAGUUUCUUAUCCUGUUCGGAAAGUGGAGACCAUUGCCGAGGACUGGCAUAACAGUGUGAAUACAGUUUUUGGUGCAGUUCAUUUACCUCAACCUUUGGCACACGACAAAUGUAUAGACCUUACUAGGGACCGAGGAUUGGAUACAUUGAAUCGUGUUAUCUAUGAUCUUCGUUAUAUAUUGACCCAUACAAAUGCUGCAGCUUAUGUAAUGCAUUAUAGACCAGACCUUUUGGCUCUAUUCGUUCGAAUACUUUCCCUUUUACAAGGAAUGAAUGCAGAAGUGCGUGCAGUAAGAUAUCACGUAGAGAGAGAGUCGGAUAUUUGGUCCAAAGCAAUCAGUUUGGAACUGGACUUUAACCAUCUUUGUGAACUGCUGUUAGCAGGAUUUGUAUUCAACAAGUUGGAAGAGAUUAAGAUAGAUAGUUCAGAUAUAGACGAAGGAACUGGAACUGAAAAUUCGUCCUUAUCAAGUCUGCCUCAAGUCAAUUUGAAAGAUUGUAGAAAGCGAGCACUUUGUAUAAUAAGAAGAUGCCUCGAUGAAUGGAUAGCAUCGGAAAAACAACGUGAAAGCAUUUUGCUAGAUUCACCUUUUGAUGUAUCUAGUGGAGCUGUUAGCCUUCAUUAUCCACUUCAUCGAUUUUUAGCAUUGUUAGCUACGGAAGCCAUUCGACGAUACAAGUUUACAUUUUAUGAAGCACUUGGACAAAGUAGACAAGAUGUUCUGCACUUGGCAGAACAUAUCUUAAGGGUACAAGCUUUACUAGUGCAGGUAAAAGCUGGUAUGUGGAAACGAAAUGGACGACCCAUGGUGAACCGUUGUAUAUUAUACAAAUCAAGUUAUUGUCAGGAAUGGUUUUUUGACUUGGAUAUUGCUAUGAUGCAGUUGUGUUGCGUUUCAAAGGGAGCUCGUUCUUUUUUAAACCAAGCACUGGAAGUAUUCGGUUUACAAAGUAUUAUGCAAGUCUUCAAAGAUUCAUGGCUAUCGGAUAGUUCUUCAUCAACUCAUUUUGGAUCUCGUGAAUCAGUACAAGAUAUCUGGAAGUUCUUUGCAUAUGAGGAAUAUGAUUUAAUGAUAGUUCAAGGAUUCCUUCGUAUGUUGGUCUAUAUUACAGCAGAGCGAGUUAGGAUUGGCUAUUCCGAUGUAGAAAGACUUCGACGAAAGCUAAUUCAUCGUCUUUGUGUUGGUGAUCAAACACAUUCUUCGUUGCUUAAGACCAUUCCACGUCGACUGACAAGUUCUUCCAGUGAUGAGGAAGCUAUCAGUAUUAUGGGAGAUGAAGACUUUGUAUCUGGCGGAAAUGGAACUGACAAACAUUACAAAAUGUUUGAAGAAUGUCUUAACCAAGUGGGUAUUUUUCAACAACCAAAAGAGAUGGAUCAAGGAUAUUAUCGCCUUAAGGAUGAGUUGUGGAAAGAAUAUGAUCCUUUUUAUCCACACUAUCAGUCCAGAGAACGAGCCAUUGCAGAGGAACGUCAUAUUCAGUUUCGUAGAAAGCAUCAUUUAGCUCCUCAUCGUCUUAUCUUUCCACAAAAGUCUCCAAAUAACUUGCCAUUAUUUGACUCUUUUCUUUCCUUAUUGGAUUUAUGCCGCGAGUUUUGUCGUCCAGGUGGGUUGGCAUGUUCUGUUAUUUCUCGUUGUUUGGCAUUUUGUCGGGAAGGAAAGGACUUGGAUGGCACUUUGAAUGCUACACUGUAUUUGAUUGAAAUAGCGUUGGAGACUAGUAGUGACUCACAUUGGAAGACAAAUUUGAUGAGCCAGGUUACUUUUGUGCAGUCUGUUCUGAUAUGUAGAAACGAGCAAGAUCGGAAAGAGUAUACAGAUAACGUCAGUUUAGCAUUCCUUUUAGAAUGCGUUCAAAAGUGUUCUUCUUGUAUGGACCAGCACGAAGCAGCGAAACAAUUAUUGUUUCAAAUUCGUUCGGGAACUCCAUCAUCAGCUAUUUCUUCUAGUACACAAGUUGGUGAGUCCUCUUCCCAAACAAGGGAAGCAAAGCGCAGAGAAAUGAGAAGAAAACAACAAGAGGCCUUGGAGAAGAUGAGAAAACAACAAGAAGCCUUUUUGAAGAGACAGCAUUCCUUAUUUGAACAACAACAACAAGAAGAAGAACAAGCCACAGUUUCGAAACUUCAAGAACAAGGAAAUACUAGUGUUGAGAAUAGAUCAACUUUGGAGGACCACCAAAAUAUAUGUUCGCUAUGUCAUGAAGUUGCAUCGGAAAGAAAAGGCAGUAAUUUGGUUGUUAUUGGUUUAGUACAACGUUCUAAUAUUCCCAUGUUGGCUCGGAGAAUAUCAAGGACAACAACUUCCGUAUUGUCUUCAGAAGAACAUUAUCAUCGAGCAACACCAACUUUUGAAGUAAGUAAUGUUUUGAGUGGCUCUGCUACUACGGAAUCAUCAUCCACUGCAGCGACAGAAUUGUUGGCCUGGGAACAAGUGUGGAACAUGGAAAAUGCUGUAGAUGAAGAAUAUAUGGAUCAUGAUGAUGAUAUUCGAGAGGAACCUUCUGAUACAAUUUUGUCAGAAGAGGAUAUUGAGGAUGACACAGAAGGAGAAGAAUGGUUUGAACCUCCAGGAGCAGUUCAUAGGAUGACUGUUAGUGGUGAAGAAUGGAAUGAAGAUGUUUCUGCGGAUCUUGUUGGUUCCAGUACGGAGUCUUCAUUGACAGUUGGUACAGAUUGGUCUCAACUUACACGUACCAACUCUUCCACUGUAAUAUCUGCAUUUUUGGAUGAGGACAUUCAGAAGGGUUUGGAUACUAGACCAGAUGUUCUCUUCCAAUCUUGUGGACACCAGAUGCACUGGAGUUGCUUCGAAAGAUAUUUUUCUUGGCUAACCAGCUGUCAUGCACAAAGGCUCCCUUUUGAUGGAGAUACUCUAAUAGAUGUCACUCAUGGUGAGUUUCUUUGUCCAGUUUGUCGAAGAUUAGCAAAUAUUGUUAUUCCUGUUAUGGAAGAGGAGCCAACCGUGCAACUAUUUACGCAUCACUUUGAUAGGGAAACACCGCUUUUGCAAUAUUUACCUCUUUAUCAACUGGAACAAGUAUAUCAUGAACAAUGUCAACGUGUACAUCAGUUAUUAAGAGAAGUUGAAUCUUCCCACUUAGCUUCACCGACUUUAGCCAACUCAUGUUCUUCAGAAACAUGGGACGAUUCUCUAAUGGAUAUCGUAAUCAAAUCUCUUUGUUUUGAUCAUAUUUCUUCAGAUAGAAAUCACGUACCAUUUCCUUCUUCCUCUUCGGUGCCAUCAAACUUGAGACGUAGAACUCUUGGAAAGACCUUGCCACUAAUAUCAAAAGGAUUGGCAAAUUUGUUGAACUGCUUUAUUUAUACUGUUAUGACUCAAGAAGUGGCAGCAAGGUCUGGACAUGAAACUAUUCAAUCUUUUAUACGGGAAUUGCAUUUUAUGGUCGUUGUGUUACGGAAAUUUAUUCUUACUCAGUGUCCACAACACUGUCAAAGUGAAUUUCGUCGUUUAUGGAUAACUUAUCUUGAACCAGUUUCUACUAGUGAUGUUUAUGAUACGCAGCUUUCAGAUUCGAUAGAUGCAUUCACAUUAUUCGCGUAUGCUCUAUUGUUAUGGCCAGAGAAAUGGAACGAGGAAAUUGUAUCGUUAUUGCUUCGUCUAUGUUUUCUUCUGAAUUUCCGUUCUCCUUCGAAUUUGCUCAUAUCUCAUGGCGACAGUGGCAUUCUCAACUGGACCACAAAUGCAGUUGUAUUUGUAAGGAGAUGUGUCUUGUUUCUCAAUUGUAUAUUUGGUUCGAGUUUGCAUCCAUGUACUAUUGGUACUUUAUCUGAAGCCCGUGGUUUAUUGCCACACUCACAAGAACUGUCAAUGGCCUAUAGUUUGGGUUUAAUAGCAAGAGAAUCUACGCAUCAUAAGGAACAACAAACUCAUUAUUCCUUUCUCAACGAGUUUGCUCAAAAAUGGCAGUCUCUUAUGCGAACAACAGUGAGAAGAGAUUGGAGAUAUCCUUUGAGACCUUUGACUUUAAUAUCUUUACCAAAAAUAUUUCAGGAUUUAGUAGAGACUCUUGAAGGGAAGGCUUGCAAAAGAUGUCAUCGAGUUUCCAAGAAGCAAACGCUUUGUCUCAUUUGUGAAGUGUUACACAGUUUGCUGAAUUCGAAACCAUGCGACUACAUGCACAUGAAUGUGCUGCGGGUAUUGGAAUUUUUCUACUGUUAAAGGCAACUUGGGUAUUGUUGAUCAGGAAUAACCGUACUGCUAUAUGGGGUUCACCCUAUUUAGAUGAGUUU